AUGGACAUCUACAGAGUGACAAAGGUUAUCAAGGCCAAGAGCUCCAACCAGCAGGCCGAAUCUUCUUACAACCCGAUAACUCUCGAGGGAGUGAUCACAAGGGAGGAGUUCGACCAGCUUAAGAGCAAGUUCGAUGCUCAGGUUGAGGCUUUGAAGGCUAGGUGCGAGAAGAAGGGAAGCACGUUUGAUGAUGGCGACCUGGGAGAAUCGCCAUUCACCUCGGACAUCUUGGAGGCUCCAAUCCCUCCAAAGUUCAAGACUCCCACCAUGAAUCCUUAUGAUGGGUCUAAGGACCCAAAAGACUAUGUUGAGGUCCUCGAAUGCCUUAUGAAUUUUCAGGCGGCAAUAGAUGUAAUCAAGUGUAGUGCCUUCCAGAUCGCGCUCACCGGCAGUCAUUAUGACAGAAAGACAGCAACUCACCUCGCCAUCAUCAAACAGAAGAAGGGCGGGACACUUAGAGAGUACGUAACGAGGUUCCAGGAGAAGCAGCUGAAGGUCGCACACUGCUCCGAUGAUUCAGCCAUGUGUUACUUCCUCACCGGCCUGGCCGAUGAGACCUUAACAGUCAAGCUCGAAGAAGAAGCCCCAACCACUUUCUCCGAAGUCCUGCAAAAAGCGAAAAAGGCAUUGGCGGCUAGGAACUUCUACGGACCAAAACUGGCCGACCUGAGAAGCAGAUCGACCAGAAAAAAUCCUAGCCAAGAAAAGAGGAAGGCUGGAUCCAAGUCUAAGGACAAGGGGUCAUCUUUCUCCAGUGGCCGAGCCGAGUAUCGAAGGUCUAACUCAGUAGAAAAGAAAGAAGAGAGGAAGCGUUCGAGGACGCCACCUCGCCGAGAUGACCGACCUGCGGUCAUCAACACCAUUUUUGGAGGCCCAAGUGGGGGCCAAUUUGGAAAUAAAAGAAAAGAGCUAGCUCGCGAAGCCAGACGCGAGGUGUGCAUCAUAAGGGAGCAGAGGUCGACCUCUUCCAUUACCUUCGACGAUGUCGACUUGGAGGGGGUCCAUUUGCCCCAUAAUGACGCACUUGUGAUUGCUCCUCUCAUCGAUCACGUUCUGGUCCGAAGAGUACUGGUAGAUGGAGGCGCAUCUGCCAACAUCUUGUCCCUUCCAACAUAUCUUCCCUUGGGAUGGACCAGGUCACAGCUGAAGAAGAGUCCGACACCCUUGGUUGGAUUUUCUGGAGAAUCGGGGUGUAUUGAAUUGUCAGUCAUGAUUGGGCAAGAUGAUACACAAGCAACUCAGAUGGCCGAGUUCGUCGUGAUCGGCGGAAGGUCGGCCUACAAAGCCAUUUUUGGGAGACCUAUCAUCCAUUCGUUUCGGGUCGUUCCCUCAACACUUUAUCAAGUCCUGAAGUACUCAACUCCUAAUGGAGUGGGCACGGUCCAAGGAGAGCAGAAAACUUCAAGGGAGUGCGAUGCCUCCGUGCUUAAAGGGUAA